AUGAAGCUGAUCUCGUAUCCGAUAAUCGGGUUUACAGGGGCAUCUGUCGUCCCGGAAGGAACCGUCAAGCUACCGGUGAAGCUAAGUGAAGGAUCCCAUUCCAAGGACAUAAUGGUGGAGUUUUUAGUUGUCGACGUCCCAACGGCCUACAAUGCCAUCAUUGGAGGACCUCAGAUCCAUGAUGCACAAGCAGUGGUCUUUACCUACCCUUUGACAAAGAUUUACACGUCAAACAAAGGUAAGUCGGAGAGAAUCAAGGGGAAUCAAGAGUCCACCAGAGCUUGUUACCUGACGACCCUCAAGCAUUUUGAUCACAAGCGACCGAUAGAGACACCAUCGUCGGCAAGAAAACGACGCAGGAUGGAGAAUAAAGCUAAGAGAGACCUGUCGAUUGAGAACUUCGAGGGAAGGCCGACAGACAUGUCGCGACCUAGUCCAGAAGGUGAGACAGAAGAAUUAAGCCUUGAGUUGGAAAGGCCAGAAAGAAUGGUAAAGAUAGGAGAAGACUUGGCAGCUGAAGUCAACAUCUACCUGAUAAGCCUCUUGCGAGGCCAAACAGACAUCUUUGCCUUCUCUACAGAUGAGAUGCCAGGUUUUGACCUAGCAUUUAUGGUCCACAGGUUGAACGUCAGAGAGGAAGUCAGAGCGGUAAAGCAAAAGAAGAGGAACUUCUCUUCCGAAAAGAAUGCGGCCAUCAAGGAAGAGGUUGAUAAACUACUACCGGCAGAUUUCAUCGAGCCUUGUGAUUAUCCAGAAUGGUUGGCUAACGUGGUAAUGGUCAAGAAGGCCAAUGGGUCAUGGAGGAUGUAUGUAGACUUCAGCGACCUCAAUAAAGCCUGCCCUAAAGACUGUUAUCCCCUGCCCAGGAUCGACCAACUGUGUGGACUCCACUAG